UUACAAUUUCAAUAUUUACAAUCUAUAUAUAUUUUAAACUUAAUAUAUUUUAUCUUGCCCAACUGAAAUGUGGACGACGCCAAGCAAUGGGGACAGCUUCGUAAAUAUGGAUUACAGCAAAAACGUGGUGACCAUUAUGCCGAGCGUGGAAAUGUUGGUCAGUUUCUCACAUGACAUGAUGCGCGCCAAAAAGGCUUGUUUACUGUACGCUGAAAAGAUGGACUUCAAAGAAAUGAUGCAGCUGCGCUUAGCGGAGAAAGCUGAUCAGCGUCGCAUGUAUAUUACGACUGUGGACUGUACUUCCUUCCACGAGCUGAAGCAGGAUCAGUCCCUGAAUGUGACCUUCGCUGGCUUCAUGGACAAUGUGGUACGCAUGCUCAAAGACUGCCAGUCGGGUAAAUUGGAGCUGCACUUGGCCGCUAGAGAUCCAAGUGGAUCCGAUUACCAGUUGCAGUUCGUGGAAAUAAGAUCAUUUAAGAACCUCAUACACUUGUGUUUGCCCUGCCGAUCUGCACCCCUCAACACGGUCCUCUACUACAUAAAUCUCAUGCUAGAUGCCUCCCACAAGAAAUGCUUUCUGCUGGAAGAGAGCAUCCAGCAGGCCCAACUAGAACAGAAUUCCCAGCGUGCGCAUAUGGAUAGAUUGGGGGCGGAAAACAGCAAACUCAGAGACGCAUUGGCUGAGAAUACGCGCCGCUUGGAGGAACAGCACUCUGCCGAGCUGCUGCAAAUGGAGGGGAAACUGUCCAAGGUGAACGAGCAGCGCAGCAAUGAGCUAGAACGCCAUCGCAGAUCGAUCUCCAGCAUUCAGUCACAGUUGGAGAAGGCCAACGUGGAUAAAUCUGACACAAAGAUAGCCCUGGAACAGCUCGAGAAGCGCCACCAAGCAUUGAGUGAUGAGCUAUCCAGCUGCAAAUCCCGCAUGUGCAACCUAAAGGAGCAGAACGACAAGCUGCACACCGACACAGUCAAUGCCAAGAAGCACGAGCGCAAAUUGGAGUACAAAAUUGAAGACCUCAAACAGCACACCGUCGAGCUGCAGGAACAUAUUCAGCGAAACAACAAGGAAAAGGCUAACGUGGCUGCUGAGCUGGAAGCGGAGAAGAAGAUUUUGCACACAAAGCGGCAAGCGCUGGAAAUGGCAUCGGAGGAAAUCGCCAAGGCCAAUCAGAUAAUCCUUAAGCAGAACCAAGAGAUCCUUGGCCACAAAAAAACCAUAGGCUGGCGAACAGAAGUGGCCCUGCAGCAGGAAAAGGCCAUUCAGGAAAAAGAAAAACUGUUGUCUCUGCGCGAGAAUGAGCUAAGGCAAGCGCGAAAGACAAUCAAAGAGCUACGCGAGGAAAUUCCUCAGCAACUGCUCUCCAUGCGACAGUUUGCCAACACUCUAGAGAAAAAGUAUUCAAAUCAGAUACUCACACUGAAGGAACGUUUAUCAACGGGCAGCGGCAAGGAGAACUGCCGCUAGGAUUCCAUGUGCUUAGUUUUACUUAUCGUUAAUUUAUUCUCAUUUCCCAUUGAUGCAUAGGUUUAAUAAAAUUGAGUUUUAUAGUUUGGCUCUAGUCAUAGUCGUCCUCGACACUAGUGCCGGCCUGAGCGGCAGCCACGUUAACAGCCUGACUGAUAUCCUCGAUCUGGUUCAUCUUCAGCCUCUCGCGUAUGAGCUCGGCAAUAGCCUUCUGUGUGCGACGCUCCAGGCGAUCCAACUUCUUGCUGGCGUCGCGCUUAAGGUCCCAGUCUGGCUUGCGUGGGGCCAGGUUGCUUAUGUCUAUCUCGUCGAUUACCAUAGGUUCUUGCAAUAAAUUCAGCUGCGUUUCAACGGCGGACUCUAU